UACCACUAUUUCCACCCCACGGAUCCUCCAAGAACUCCCCCGCCCCGCCCCGCACAGAACCAACUCCGCCGCACCGCCAGAUCAACCCGCCGCCCUCCCCCGUCCCCGCGAGCCAGCGAAUCCGCCGCGCGCGCGCUCGCUCGCCCGGGGGGAAACGCCCGCCGCCUCGACCGCGCUCGGAGCUCCGCAGGACCCUCCUCCUCCUCCUCGCGCUCAAAGCUCGUUUCUUUUCUUGGUUACUGAUUGCGAUCUCGUUUCUUGGUCCUCGUCCGCGCGCUGCUAAUCUCGCCGUGUUCCUUCUUUUGGUAGAAAAAUUCCUCUCCGCGUGAGGGGCCUUCACCGAGUUUGAUUUGGUUUAUUUCUAUAUAUGCUCGUCUGCCUGCGAAUCCGUUGCUCGAUUUAGGGCUACUUCCGUGCUGAUCCCCGGCUCGAAUUGCACUGCUCUGUGCGCCCUACUAAUCUUGCUCGCAUCAGUACUACCGCCGUUUCUUGUUUGUUCUGAUCCAUGGACGCAGGUUCCGACAUGAUGUCGCCGGAGAAGAGCGGCAGGCGGGGCGCGCGGCCGCCGCUCCGGGAGGCCGGCUCGAUCUCGAUGCCCUCCAUGCCGCCGCUCCAGGAGCCCGGCUCCAGGCCCAGGCCCUACAUGCCGUCCCUCUGCUCCACGCCCCGCAACCCUGCCGUCAAGUGCUAUGGCGACAGGUUCAUCCCCGACAGGUCGGCGAUGGACAUGGACAUGGCGCACUACCUGCUGACGGAGCCGAGGAAGGACAGGAAGAACGGGGCGACGCCGUCGCCGGCCAAGGAGGCGUACCGGAAGCUGCUGGCCGAGAAGCUGCUCAACAACCGCACCAGGAUCCUCGCCUUCCGCAACAAGCCGCCGGAGCCUGACAACAGCAUCCUCACGGAGCUCCGUGCCGACGUGGCCUCCGUCCAGGCCAGACCGGCGAAGAAGCGUCGAUACAUCCCUCAGUCCGCAGAUAGGACUCUGGAUGCGCCAGACCUCGUUGACGAUUACUACCUCAACCUGCUGGACUGGGGAAGCGCCAAUGUGCUGUCCAUUGCACUGGGCAACACGGUGUACCUCUGGGACGCCGCAAGUGGGUCUACGUCCGAGCUUGUUACCGUUGAUGAGGAUGAUGGCCCUGUCACUAGUGUUAGCUGGGCUCCUGAUGGCCAGAACAUUGCUAUUGGCCUCAACUCCUCUGCUGUCCAGAUCUGGGAUUCCAGCUCAAACCGACUGCUGAGGACACUGCAAGGUGUGCAUGAGUCGAGAGUCGGAUCACUGGCAUGGAACAAGAGCAUCCUGACCGCUGGUGGUAUGGACGGCAAGAUCGUGAACAAUGAUGUGAGGAUUAGGGACCAUGCUGUGCAGACAUACCGCGGGCACUCGCAGGAGGUGUGUGGACUCAAGUGGUCUGGAUCAGGGCGGCAGCUAGCCAGCGGUGGAAACGACAACCUCCUCCACAUAUGGGAUGUGUCCAUGGCAUCCUCUGCACAAUCUGCAGGCCGCACCCAAUGGCUGCACAGGAUGGAAGACCACUCGGCUGCGGUGAAGGCGCUCGCAUGGUGCCCAUUCCAGAGCAACCUGCUGGCGUCGGGUGGCGGCGCAAAUGACCGAUGCAUCAAGUUCUGGAACACACACACUGGCGCAUGCCUCAACUCAGUCGACACCGGGUCACAAGUCUGCGCACUGCUAUGGAACAAGAAUGACAGAGAGCUGCUGAGCUCGCAUGGAUUCACUCAGAACCAGCUAACGUUGUGGAAGUACCCGUCGAUGGCCAAGAUGGCCGAGCUCAAUGGCCAUACUUCCCGUGUCCUCUUCAUGGCUCAGAGCCCUGAUGGUUGCACGGUGGCAUCUGCUGCAGCAGACGAGACCCUGCGCUUCUGGAACGUGUUUUCCGAGGCUCCGAAGUCUGCGGUGAAAGAGAAGACUUCACAGAGCAGAAUGUUCAACAGCUACAAUCACCUACGCUAAGGGAGCAGGUCCCAGCAACUGCUGUAACUCUGACAAGAAGUAGCAGGCUAGGCGCAAAGAGUAACUGCAUCAUGAGCUGAUUGUACUUAGAAAUUCUUUGUGUGUAUUGAAGUAUCUGUGGGUACUUCAGUAUGCUGGUAACUCUAGUUGUUGUUCUACAUUGAUCCAGAUGAACAUCAAGACCAGUUUGAUGUAUUAUACUUACAUAUGUCAGUGAUAUAUAGUACUCCCUCCGACCCAUACUAAUUGUCGCAACUCUCUAGUACAACUUUUGUACUAAAGUUGUACUAAAGCUGCAACAAUUAAUUUGGAUCGAAGGGAGUAUAUAUUUUUCUUAUGAACAAUGCAUGGUCUCAAAA